AUGUCCGUCCAGUCCCAAGACGUUGCCGAAUACUACUUCAACGGUCACAGGGUUGCGGAAUGCAUUGAAGACUGGGCUGAAGACGUCACCACCGCGACCGAAGAGAUGGAAUUUGUUGAGCCCACGAAGCCUCAGGCAAAGGUGCCUCGCAUCGGAGAUCCUUCCAAAGAAAUUCAAAUUGAUAUUCUGUUGAAGCGACACAACGAAGCCCGAGAGAUCAUGGAACUAAUUGAGGAACAGCUCCUUAAGCUUGACUAUGAGAUUCGACAAGAGCCAAUCUCUGAGCCCUCUUCUUUUCGGCAUGGUGGCUCGAACCGUCAACAGGGUUCGCACCACGAGUACCUCACUGAAAGCUCUGAGGGACAGUGUGGAGUAUGGCAGGAUACCUGGACGUCUAUUUCUCUGGAUAGUGCUUCUGAGAGGAUAAGUGAGAAGAAGAAGAAGAAGAAGAAGAGAAGCAAGAAGCCCAAGACUGAGGAAGAGAAGAACCGUCACAUCAACAAGGUAUUCAUGCGAGAGAACGGACUUCUUCCAUGA